CCUGCUUCCGGUGCACGGGGCGCCUCAGAGGAGAAAGGCGUUGUGGCCGGCUGCGGAGCGCUUCUGUCGGGCGGCCUCCGCACCUUUUCCGUGUCAGCCGCUGACGAGAGCUGCCCGCUGUCUUCCCGCUGAGCGGCGCAGUAUGCCGAUUUCUGAGGCUUUCUUAAUCAGCCGCCGGCCGGUCUCUCGCUAAGGCUGUGACGUCACCCGACGGGGGGGGAGCGCGAUCGCCACAGCCUCAGAAUGUUCCUGGGUGGGAGGAUGUCCCUGGCUCACACCUGCCUUCCUGCCAUGCUGCUCGCCCUCGUGACCACUGCAGCGGCAGGUGAGAAGGAGUGCGACCUGGUGGGGGUGAAAGGCAGUGAAUCCAAGAGGGAAGUUGCCCUGCUGAAGAGGUUGGAGCCGCUGGCCAACUACAGUUUUACAACAAAUAUCGAAAAUGAAAGGGAACAAUACACAUACACUUUCAGAGUGUGUCGAGAAACUCCUACUGGUGGGGAGUAUUCCGGCCUGGUGCAGGUGGACGAGAAAAGCAAGAAAACCACGGUGGUGGGACGAAUCAAUGAGACUCACGUCGCUAGUGGAACUGAAUGGAUUCUGCUGAUCUACAAAGGGGGGGAAAGCUACGGCAGCCACUGUGGGAACGAGAAAAGGAAAGCCAUGGUCAUGAUCACCUGCAACCGGAAGAUGCUUACAGGGCCCUUCACCAUGGUGGCAGAGGAGCGGGAGAAGGAAGAGGAAUGUUUCUACCUUUUCGAGAUGGAGAGCAGCGUGGCCUGCCCUCCUGUGGACUCACACCUCAGCGUGGGUUCCAUCCUGCUGAUCACGUUUGCUUCCCUGGUCGCAGUAUACGUCAUUGGGGGCUUCCUCUACCAGCGUCUGGUGGUGGGAGCGAAAGGCAUGGAGCAGUUCCCCCAUUUUGCUUUUUGGCAAGACAUGGGCAACCUAGUGGCAGACGGCUGUGACUUCGUGUGCCGAUCCAAUCCUCGGAACGUGCCCACCGCGUACCGUGGCGUCGGGGACGACCAGCUCAGUGAGGAACCUGAAGAGCGGGACGACCACUUGCUCCCCAUGUGAAUUGCCUUCCUCCGUUCCCUGCCCUCGGUGUGCCCAUAAGCAGGUGUUAACCCGGCCACUUCUCUUGCCCCUCAUCUCUGCCUCUCACCUCUUAAGCUGCUUGCUUUCAACUCUGGCUGCCCUGGGUUUUUUCUUUUCCCCAUCUCCUUCCUUUAUCUGAAUCAAUCCGCUGGAGGCAGGGGGGGACCCCUUAUGAGCGAAGAGCUGUAGGGUGAGGGAAGCCCGACCAGAACUCACUGCAGCAAAAAUGCUUCUCUGGACUUUCGCCGCCUCCCGAGGCUGAGAUCCCUCUCCACCGCUGGGGAAAUCCUCGGAAGUCUGACUACAGACACCGGGGGGUUCACCUUCACGGAAGUCGCCUGGUGGAUGGGAGUUUGGGGAGAGCUGCUUGCAUUUAAGUAAUGUCUCCCCAUUUUUCUAUAGGUCUUGUCCUACAAAACACUGGAUUUUCUAUUUUGAAUUAUUCAACUGUAAUUUUUUCUCCCCUGAUCUGUCUAGCAAUGGCAUAAGCAAAGCUUGUUUUGUACUUCUCCGGUGUAACUUCAGGGAGCUCUCUCCAGCAUUUUCACUCUCCUGGGUGGGCAGUAGCCAAACUUAACAUGAAGGACCUUCUCUUCCCCACUUUUGAACCAAAGCCUAGACUUCAGAAGGUUCUUGCGGCCCCUGGAUGGCACUGUGUUUGAUUUCAUUAAGCAGGCUGAAUGGAAGCAGGGAGACAUUAUUUGUCAAAGGGGUUAAAAGGAGAGAGUCCCCUUCCUGAAGCAGUUUUGGUACGGCACUAAUUCCUCCCUUGGAUCAAUCCCCAUUCCCUUUGAAAGCUUUAUUAGAAAGACGGGUCAUUGAGCUUUAAUCGUAAAUGCGAUAGUGGCAGAGGCUGAAGCGCGUAGGGAAGAAAUGCUGUCAAACACCAGUCGGGGCCAGUUCAGUUACGCGGGGGGAGAGGUAAUAACUGAAGCGUGGAGCCCCCAAGACCAUUAAAAGAAAGCCGGAGUCUUUUCUGGUUGCUUAUGGCCGAGGUCCUCCUAGAAAACAUUAACCGAAGGUGUAGAACCGCAAGGAGAGGUGCGUCUCUACCAGUCUUGUUUACAACAGCUGAGAAAAUUAUCGUGCACUCCCGGUCCAUCUCAGCUGUUCGUGCUCCAUAUUCUUCAGCUGAGAUGUCAAGUCUGAUCUGUGCCUGCGUUUGCUUUUUCGGUGGGAUGGGACAGGCAGGGUCUUACCGUUUUGGUGGUGGGCUUCCUUUGACCACUGGCGGGAGGAGGGAGGGGGCUCUUACCUUACUGGAGGGAAGCGUCUCAGUGCCGCCAGAGCCAGGCUGACACUGUUCACGCCGCGUCCGAGGAUGCCCGGACUCUCUCAGCAGCACCAGCUUCCAUCGGCAGGGGUAUCACCCCCACACACUGCUCCUCCAGUUGAUGUUCUCCCAGCAGGGCAAGGGGGACAGAUCUGCCCUUCAGUGACUAAAACCGGAAGGGUGGAAGAGCAGGCCCCCCCAGCAGCCUCGACGGUCAAGCCUCUCAGCUUCAGGAAGAAACAGAAGUCACUGUGCGGUGGUCACUUUUUUAUGGUGGCGUUCGGAAAACUUUGUACAAAAACUUUAAAAUUAAAAAAAAAUGGCUUGGAAG